UCUCAGAAUCAAAAUCUUCAACGUUUCAAACGCCUUGCUCACAAGCAAAGCAAAGGUCGUGUUCUCGUCGUUGCCUCCCCUUAAAGCCACAAGUUAUUCCCAAAACAGAAGAAGAAGCAAAAGUAGCAAAGCACCCAAGAUUUCAGGAGCUUCCUUCACUUUCUGUUCUUUCUUAUGUUAUAACCCGAACUCCGGCUAUAACCUUAUUUAAGCAUUGAAUCCCAGUUUUGUGUAGAAUAUUGUGUACUCUGAGAUGGGUACUCUUACUGCUGCUGCUGCUGCUUCUUUGCUUCCUUCAGAGUUUAAACCUUCACUCUCCUUAUCUGACUCCAAGAGCUCUCUGUUUUUCCAAAGAAGGUUACCCAAGAAGAGGAACCAAGCUUUAGUUCCUGUUGCAAGGCUAUUUGGGCCAGCUAUAUUUGAAUCAUCAAAGCUUAAGGUUCUGUUUUUGGGAGUGGAUGAAAAGAAGCACCCUGGGAAUCUUCCAAGGACUUACACACUUACUCAUAGUGAUGUAACCUCAAAGCUCACUCUGGCCAUCUCCCAGACUAUAGACAACUCUCAGUUGCAAGGGUGGUACAACAAAUUACAAAGAGAUGAGGUUGUGGCAGAGUGGAAGAAAGUAAAGGACAAGAUGUCUCUCCAUGUUCACUGCCAUAUAAGUGGAGGUCAUUUCCUUCUGGAUUUGUUUUCAAGGCUGAGAUACUUCAUCUUCUGCAGAGAGCUUCCUGUUGUAUUGAAGGCCUUCAUUCAUGGGGAUGGCAACCUGUUCAACAGUUAUCCAGAACUGGAGGAGGCUCUGGUCUGGGUUUACUUUCACUCCAACAUUCCAGAAUUCAACAAGGUUGAAUGUUGGGGCCCACUGAGGGAUGCAUCAUCACCAUCUAAUAGGACAAACCAGAAGGCAGCUUCCUCAAGCAAGCAGGAGGACUUUGUACCAGAGCCAUGCCAAGAAGACUGUAGCUGUUGCUUCCCACCCCUGAGUUCCAUCCCAUGGCCCAAAGAGCUUAACCAGCCAAAUGAAACUGGGUUUGGGGCCCAGCAGAGCUAUCAGGGCCAAAUCAGAGAACCAAACUAGAAAUUUUAUUGGUUAGUGAUUGCUUAGUGUAAGAUGUACAUAGAAACCUACAUAUUUGUCCCAUUUGGGUUUUCAUAGACUUUGUUAGGCAAUUCAAAUAGGUUAUGGUGAUGCAUAUGUAUUCCAGACCAGUCCCUUCCAAAAGGUAAAUGCUUGUGUCCAACUCCAACUGGUUCAAGUUGGACAAAUGAUUGUAAGACUUGAAUAAAAUUGGUCAUUAUCAUAUUUUUUUUAUUUCUUUUUCUCCUAUAGUAUGUAAGGUGUCAAUGUGUUGUGUAUAUUUGUUUAUAUUUAAAUUUUUACU